GGAAGAUGCGACUUGCGGUGGCAUGCUGGGCCAAUGGUCGAGCUUCCAGCACUUGCUUCACCAAGGGCAAUCGUCGGCCCCGAUGGGCUUCCCCAUGCAUAUGCUUUGGCUCUGUCACAUGUGGCGUUUUGUCAAGAAGUCGAUUCGCGCAAGCCCGGUGCCCCCAACCAGACAUCACACCACCUGGUCAGCCGCUGGGAUUUAAGGCGUCCAGCUCUUUCAUCCUGCGCCAAACUCCCAUCGCCAUCAUGCAGCGAACUCUCCAAACCCACUUAGCCGAGGAUCCAGUUCUCAUCAUGUCCCCGGCAAAAGUCAACUGCGACAUUUGUCGACGACUUCAAAAGAGGAGAAGAUGGAGGUUGCCAGCUGUGCGCCAUUUUACGAAGUGAAAUCAGCUGGCACGCCCCCGGCCGCCCCUCGAACGAAGCCAUGUCGGUUUGUCACGCAGUCGGCAUCUACAAGCUGAUCGUCGCCGAGAACAAGGAUGACUCGGUCGCUAUCUCCGUCUACGGACACGAAAACGCAGAUCCGGCAAUAACAUCCGCUUACGAGGCCAUGGGCAUGAAAAAGCCUGGUCCGGCUGCCAGCUUGCCGACAUCAUCGGCGACAUGUCCUCGCCCGCUGCUAAAGAGAGGCUUUGUGCCUGGAUCGACAACUGCAACCGAGGUCCACCAUCGACGAGCACAAACAGUGCAUCCCCUGGGACGCACUGCCACGGACAUUCCAGGACGCAGUUACCAUGACAAGAACUUUGGGCAUCCGCCGACUGGCGAAGCCAAGAUGCACACCAUCUACCAAAGCGGCUAUCUCGCCUUCGCCGCCUCGUGGAGCUCUGGGCCCGCUAGCGGCCUCUUCCACGACACAGGGCCCGAGUACCGGUUUCGCUGGGCCUUCCGGGAGCGGUUGCUUUCCCGCCGGGUCCUGCAUUUCACCGAAGCCGAGCUCACUUGGGAAUGCCUGACGGACAAUAACUGCGAAUGCGUUUGCCAGCUAUUCUCAGCCGCCGGUAACGCGUAA